AUAAGUGUUUCUAUUGUUUUUUCAGAGUCACUUUAAAAAUAUGGCUGUAAAAAGUGUUCAUAUUGAAUCGGAGGCGUAUCUUGUUUGUUUGACUCAUGCCCUUUCAACAGAAAGAGAAGAAAUAAUGGGUUUACUAAUUGGAGAUAUUGACAAUGAAAACGUUUCAAGAAUUUCAGCAGUUAUAAUGCUAAGAAGAUCUGAUAAACAAUCAGACAGAGUGGAGAUAUCUCCAGAGCAAUUAUCAGCAGCAUCUACUGAUGCUGAGAGACUCGCAGUUGAACUUGACCGGCCCAUGAGAGUCAUUGGGUGGUAUCAUUCACAUCCUCACAUCACGGUUUGGCCAUCUCAUGUUGAUGUUCGAACACAGGCAAUGUAUCAAAUGAUGGAUCCAGGCUUUGUUGGUUUGAUUUUCUCGGUAUUCAAUCAGGACAAAAAUACAAAGCAGAAUAGGGUGCAAGUGACAUGUUUCCAGGCGUCAGACAAUAGCUCAGACUAUACUCGUAUAGAGAUUCCAAUGCACAUUGUACCCAGCAAAAAGAUAGGAUCAGCUUGUAUACAGUCACUUGUCACAUUACCAAAUAUUCUUACCAUGGAAGAAGAGGAAGCUUAUCAAAGGGCAGCAGAGAAUAAAGAUCUUGACUUGAUAACAAAGGUGCACAAUGCAUCAGUGUAUACAAAAUCUCUGUGCCAUGUAAUUGAUGUAAUGAAUGGACCUGUCCUUCAGACUCUAGAGAACCGUUUAGAACGCAACAAAAAUAGGAUUCAAGCAUUGGAAAAGGAGAAGGAAGAUCUGCUUAAAAUUUUGGAGGAAACUUGAAUGGAUUGUGGGAAACUUAAUUGAAUAGUGUCAUUUAAAUUAUCGUAGGAUAUUGCAUAAUUGUGAGAUUAAGAUAGUUGUUAUUUUAUAGGACAAAAUGAAUGUAUUGCAUAACCUUGACUCAAAAAACAUUGACUUUCAAAAGAACAACAUUUGUUUGAAGUGAAGCUUUUCAGCAUUUUAAUGAAUUGUCUUAUUUUAAGUGACAUGCUCAUUUUUUCAUUUUCAUCACUCAUGUUGUGACAAAUUUAGAUAUUUCAAAAGAUUGUCUGUUUUAAUGGUGAUUGACCAGUAGUUGAUAUAGAAAAAAUGUUUAGGAUAAAAUAUAAAUCUGUCUAGAAUAUAAAAUGACUGCCCCAUUCUUUUUUUAAGUUUUUAUAAAUUGAACAUUACGGUUAAAUUCUGAUGGAUAUUUAUUGAAGUGUCCUUUGGCCAUAAGUUCUUUAUCUUUCAUGCCAAGUUGAUAAUAAAAUUGAAAGGAAUUAUGGAAAAAUAUAAACUUAACUUUAACCUAUUUUGACUUUUACCUGUUCAAACACUCUAUACCCUUAGAUGGGCAUUAUGUUACUUUAGUAAAUUGUUGUGGAUACAGUAUUUAUAAGUAGAAUUUCAGUAACUAACAUAACAUUAUUGUAAAUAUUUACAGCAAAAAAAUGCCUGAUAAUUUUUUGUGAAAAAACUUAAGAAUUUCAUUCUCAUUUCUCUAAAUACAAUGUAAAUGUAUGUUACAAUAAACUGGUGAAAUUGUUUUA